AUGGCGGAAACGAAUGGAACCAAGCUCUCCGGAGCAUCUCUCGCGAAAGAUUUGUUUGAGGACAUGGGACGUCAGGUGGACGGCAUGACAAACGGUGUCGAUGUGGAGCAAAAGGUGGUGGAAGAGAUCCAGAGUCUAUGCAUGAACUGCCACGAGGACGGUAUGACACGCUUGCUCCUCACCAAGAUCCCCUUCUUCCGCGAGAUUGUCAUCAUGUCAUUCUCGUGUGAGAGCUGCGGCUUCCACAACAACGAGAUCCAAUCCGCGGGCGAGAUACAGCCAAAAGGCGCCAAGUACGCCUUCAAGAUGGAGCGAAACGACGAUUUUCAACGACAGGUGGUCAAGAGUGAUAUCUGUGCGUUUCGGAUAGAGGACAUUGACCUAGAAAUCCCUCCAGGCAAAGGUCAAUACACCAAUCUCGAAGGCAUCAUCAGCGCCGUGAAGCUGGAUCUUGAAAGCCAUCAGGAGGAACGCAUGAAGCAGAUGCCGGAGGUUGGAGCAAAGGUCGCAGGGGUGAUCACCACUCUGACUGAUAUGCUGGAGGGUCGGCGGUUCCCAUUCAUGGUAUCGGCGGACGACCCGAGUGGAAACAGCUCUAUCGAGCCACGGCCAGGUGACGCGGCGGGCAAAUGGGCAAAGAGCGAUUACAACCGGACCCCAGCACAAAAUGCAGUACUAGGACUCGGUGACGACAUCCCACAGCCAGCAUCGCAAGCACCUUCAACAGAGAUCCGUCCCGAGUACCACGCUGCAGGCAUGGUAGGCGCAGAGGAGUCAACAACUCAAGGCAACAACGUGGAUCAGGAAGACGACAUUGUCGAGAACCAAGUUUACACUUUCCCCGCUUCAUGUCCAGGCUGCACGCGACCUUGUGCAACGAACAUGAAAAUGGUCAACAUUCCGUACUUCAAGCAGGUCGUACUCAUGUCGACAGUGUGCGACGCAUGCGGUUAUCGAAGCAACGAGGUCAAGACAGGUGGUGAGGUUCCUGAGAAAGGUCGCAAGAUAACUCUCAAGGUCACCAGCAGCGAGGAUCUCGGACGAGACAUCCUUAAGAGUGAAAGUGCUUCUCUUGUCUGCCCAGAAUUGCAGCUACGAGUGGAGCCUGGUACUAUGGGCGGCCGCUUCACUACAGUGGAGGGUAUCAUGACUCAGAUCCGCAAAGACCUUCGAGGCCAAGCUUUUGGGCUGGAAGAUGGCGAUGCGGAAGUGCCCAAUGGUGGCGGUGACUCGAUGGCGGAAGGAAGCAAGAAGCAAUGGGAAGACUUCUUUGCCUCGUUGACGGACGCUAUCGAGGGUCGCAAGGAAUUUACCCUCGUGCUUGAAGAUCCUUUGGCAGGCUCAUACGUUCAGAGUUUGACUGCACCGGAGCCUGAUCCCAAGAUAGAGCUACUUGACUAUGAGCGGACCGAGGAGGAGAUGGAAGAUCUUGGGUUGAAUGACAUCGUCACGGAAGGCUAUGAGCAAACUGAGGAAGCGACCUCAUGA